AGGACGUGAUUUCUCAUUUUAUCGCGAGAUUUGCUACAUCUCUUCACAGGUGCCGACCUGCUACAUAAAUCGUGCGAUUUUUUUCCUUGAAAGUGAGGCUGCUAUACUUUUAUUCUAGCCAACAGAAAGUUACUGGCAUUAAAUUACAACCGCAUUGUCUAUUAAUCCGUUUUUCUUUUUUAAUGUAGUGUUUAUACAUUAAACGCAAGUGCUAGCUUAAAGGAUGCAUUGCUAGCUUCGUUGGGUCGUUGUUUACAUGUUUUUCAGAGAUAACGAGAAAGCGAAGCAGGGAUUUUCCUGUCUCUUAAAGGUUUUUUUUUUGUUUUUUACUAAAUUACGGUCGAAAAUAUCCAACACUUUAGCAGGCUCUUGUCAUUAACUCCAAAUUGUAUCCUGACAGUAUCUCCGGCAGCAUGUCGUGUUGUUUUCUGGAAGCUCCCAGCGGUGUGUCGGUCAGUCUCAGACAUUAAGACGGGUUUAAUCAUAACAAAAGGAGCAUGGAGUCUGUGAGGAGCGCUUUUCACGCUCAGCUGGCCACCGUCAUGGACUCUCUGCUUGCUGCCGCCGUGUGCGAGAUCGCCAAGAUCUUCGAGAGCAGCCUGUGCGAACAGCAGGCGGAGCUGGCUCAGAAAACCGAGGAGAUCUCCGUGCUCCGCUGCAGGCUGGAGAAGGUGGAGAGGAGGCACAAAGUUAAGGGUGGAGGCACCGAGGAGGGAGAGCCGUCAUCAGGAGACGGAGAGGGUAGCCUGAGGCAACAGAUCCCGACAGGAUCAGCACUGAGUGUGGGGAAGGAUCCAUGUCCAUCGAAAGCAGAGGAAAUACUCUACAUACUAAAGGAAGAGGUCACAGGUCAGGAAGGAGCUGCCAUAAAACAUGAGCAUCUUAGAUUACGGUCUGGUGCAGUCCAAGCCCAAAAUGGAAACGUGUGCAUCUCCCAUCCUGACCACUGCUCUCCCAAGUCUGAAUCCAGUCUACUUCCAGCAGGUGAGUGGUUACCUGGACUGAACGCCACUCGAGGUGCUGCGUCAGGUCUGGACCAGCUGCAGGCAGACGGCACUGACUGCUCCGCCGCAGCCGGCAGCAGCAUCGGCAACAACGCGUCUUCCUUCCCRCGCGGUUUUAGAUCAGACGAGACCAGCAACGAAGACGACGACGCCUCGUUUGCUUAUCUGGACCAGGAGUCCGAGAACCAGAACUCAGAUCAGAGUCCGGGAGAAAAGGAGACUCAGACAGAUCUCACUCCAGCCUCGUCUGGUGAAUCAUGGCGAACAAGAGACGACAGAGGUGCAAGAGGCCACAUCAAUCACACACGGCGAGUUGCUAAUUUUACUACCAGAGAUCCUCUGCGACCACAGUCCAACUCCCAGCUGCUCGCAGCGCGACAGACCAACACUCACAAUCAUCCUGUAACUCCCAGUGGAGGUGGCGGACGCCCUUACUCCUGCCCCUACUGCACCAAGUGUUUCACCUACCCUUCCCAUCAGCGCAGGCACCUUCUACGGCACACCGGAGUCAGACUGCAUCCCUGUCAGUUCUGCGACAAGAGCUUCCUCACGCCGUCAGAGCUCACCGUUCACACUCGCACGCAUACGGGCGAGCGUCCCUUCGGCUGCGCUCAGUGCGGCAAACGCUUCGCCCGCAGCGGCAACCUGAGAGCCCACCAGCGAGAUGUUCACAUGGGAAAGAGGCCCUUUGGUUGCGUCGAGUGUGGGAAAAGAUUUGCCCACAGAGGAAACCUGAGGGUUCACAAUCAUAGAGUCCAUCAAGGGGAUCCGUACUACUCUGACGGUCAGCCGGAGCCUGACAUAGGCCAGAGUCCUAUUUAAAAGCAACACAAGUAGGAGAAAUACCUACAUUAAGUUAUUAUUCAGCACCUUGGCAGCAAUUUGGAACAAUUGAAGCUUUUUGGUCUUAUUCGCGCUUCUGUACUUUUUAUGUAGAUGAUUAUGUCUAAUUCUGAGUCAGUCUGUUUUAGGUCAAAUAGUUUUUUGUUCAGUGUAAUUGAUGUGAAUGAAUGAUUAUAAUAAUAUGGACAUAACGGUGGAAGUAAAACAAACAGAACUCCUUUUUUUCAGUGGUAUUAAUUUCCUUCAUAGUUUAUGGCUAAUAAAAACCCAAAAUUAACUUCCUCAAAUAAUCAGACGAUUCAAAGAGAUCAAUAAAUACGCUAAUAUCCAAACAUAUUAGUGGAAARUUAGGUGGAAAGAAAAAGUGUGGUAGAAAAAGGUGCGCAUCCGACAGAAAUAACCACAUUCUUGAGGUGAUUUGCGGAUUAGCACGUCAGCAAAAACAGCAGCCUGAUCGCCUCCAAACCCCCUGAAUUGAUCCAGUGACUCAUGCAAAGUUCAUGUGUAUACUUUGA